UCGCGUGCUGUUAAAAAAAUCUGGAGGACCUCCACCAGGAGCUCCUGGUUCACAAAAUGUUAACAUUACUGAUACACGAUAUGAAAUAAUUAAAAGAAUUCUUUACGAAACUCCUAAACCUGAACUUCCUAAAAUGAGUGAAAAAGAUCUUGAACGACAUCAAACUAUUGAUCGAGCUUGGAAAUUAUUUAUACGUAAUCAACAAGAAGAAAGAGAAAAUGAAUUAGCAGCAAAAUAUAGAAUGUUAAAUGAAGCAAAUAUUGAACUUGAAAAAUUAGGACCUAGAUUAUUUAAUAGUGCACAAAUGGGAAAUAAAACUAUAAUGUUUCCUAGACAAUUAAAAGUUCCUACUGAAACACCUCCAUUAAAUGGAUGGAAUUAUAAUUAUAAACCUCCUCCGAAACCUAAUGAUGAUAAUGAUUCUUCUUCAUAA